AUGUAUGUCUCGAAAAACGGCUUUCAGUUUGAGACUGGUUCUCUAGGAAGCUAUCCACAACAGGUGCUCGCGGAACGGUGGGUGAAACAGGCAGUCAUAUUACUGACAAACCCGCCUGUUCCGCCCUCAGUACGAGCGCUACAGACAUGCGUGACCCUAGCGCAUCUGUGCAUCCAGAUUGAAGGCUUGAGUGGAAGUUUUGGUCUUCUGAGCGCGACUGGCCUUCGGAUGGCAAGGUCCAUGAAAAUCCACCGGUUGGAUUCGGCUCCUUACUGCGAGGAGCGUCGCCAGCACGGCGCAGAUAUGGUAGAGCUGGAGGUCAAGCGACGGAUCUGGUGGCAUAUGGUCGCCUCCGACUGGCUUUUGUCGUACGUCCCCGGUCCAAAUGAAGGGACGUAUACACUCCAUCCCCGACAGAUGGAAAUCAUUCACCCCAGCAACGUCGAGGACAAUAAAAUCCCUCCAGGCACCUCGCAAAUAUCGGAAGAAUCUUACAGCUUGCCGCUCACCAGUCCGACCUCGAUGACAUAUUUCCUCUGCAGGAUUCAAGUGGCCACCCUGGCCCGCGAGGUUGUCGACUGCCUACCCCCGUCAUUCUUUGCCUCGCCAGGCACCGAGUGUUGCGACGAGGUGUACAACAAAAUCAUCACACAGGAUCAAAAAUAUCAGCAAUUUCUUCAGUCCCUGCCUCCGUUUUUCCAGCUCACCAUUCAGGACCAGAUGAGUUACCAAGCUCUUCUUGGAGAACACCCAUAUCUAGAAUGGCAGCGUUACCUCAUUAACUUCGUGGUUCAUACGCACUUGGCGCGACUCCAUCGACCAUUCCUAAUCCGUGGCUCCAUGAAGCAGAAAUUCGCGUACUCUCGCAAGCAGUGCAUUAAAUCCGCAGAGACCGUCAUCGAGAUCCAGAACCAUGCCAUAGGCAAUCAUAGUGUUGGGGCAUUUACCUUUGUUCUUCAGCACUUCCUAAUGGCGGCUAUCAUCUUGGCGAUGGAUGUCUGCUUCAACCCAGACAAGAUACAGAUUCCCGUUUCCCAGCGCAAGCAAUAUGUGCUGCAAGCGUGCCGUGCAUUGGAAGCAGAGCUGAAUGCGAAAACUAUCCCACCAAAUGAUGGAAUAACAAACGAAAACACAUCUAACGGCCAACUUAUGGUGAGAUCAUUCCAGAGGGCGGUACAGAAUCUGCGAGGACUCCUAAGAAAGAGGAUGAACGAAGACGAAACAGAGAGUGCAGCGACAAUGGAGGCAUUAGCGCCAGAGACCGCAAUCUCUGGCGGCAAGCGGCGAGGGAGAGCUGGUUCUGCUGCACCGCGCGAAACGUCGUCCAGACAGAUGAUCGUCAACGAAGCCUUUUGGGCCACCCCGCAGAGACCUGGCUCUGAGCAGGCUCCAGAGGGCGCAAAUCAACCGGCUUACAAUCAGCAGCUGUCCCGCGAGCUCGAGGAGGCACCCGUUCCUGGUGAGCUUAUAGUGGACGAGCUGUGGGACGAGUUCUUUACGGUUGGCUCAACAUUCAACGACGCAGACUGGGAUACGUUCUUGCUUGAUGCAGGAGAACAAAUAGGCGGAAUCUAG